GUCACGGAAGGGUGUUAAUGGGUGUUUUGGUUUUCUCGGUUUUUUUUUUUUUAUCUUUCUUCGGUCUCCUUGCUCCUGGGGGCCUCGUUUAUGAUAGGUUCCCCUCCAGCAUUUUUUCUCUCGAGGGGAACCCGAAUGUAAUUAUCCCUCGGUUGAAAUGAAGUCAGAUUUUUUUUUUUUUUUUUAAAUAAAAAAAUAUUACCCCUCUCAUUACAUUGACAUAGCACAAGCUGAAAACUCCAAAGAGCUCAGGGAAGAAAAUCCCGUGCAUAUGCUCAGCUCCCAAAACACCAAACGAAUCCUCGCUUCCUCUCUUCAAUUCUCCAAUCUCUGCCAUUCAUCAGCCAAACGGUCCACUCACUACAUUCUCGAUCUCAUUCUCUCCGAACCCAUCUCAACCAUCCAAUCCCUAUUCCAGGCCCACUCCCUCGUCAUAACCUAUGGCCAUUCCAGCAAUAUCUUCUUCGCAGCCAAGCUCAUCUCUCUCUACUCUUCCUUCAACAAACCCGAUUUCUCUACCCUCAUUUUCAAUUCAAUCCCUCUAAAAGAUACCUUCCUUUGGAAUUCCAUCAUCAAAUCUCAUUUCUCCAAUGGCAGUUAUGGGAAAUCUAUUGAAUUCUAUCUCCGGAUGUGCAGGUCCGACGCCCCGCCUAACCAUUUCACUAUCCCCAUGGUCAUUGCCGCCUGCGCCGAACUACCUGCUAUCGAAGUCGGUAGAAAUGUUCAUGGGGUUUCUCUAAAGUUGAAUUUGUUUGUGGGUAGUCCGGCGGUCGGCUCAUCUUUUGUGUAUUUGUAUGCAAAAUGUGGUCAAAUGGAUAAUUCCUGCAGGGUGUUUGAGGAAAUGCCUGUGAGAGAUGUUGUUGCUUGGACUGCUCUUAUAAUUGGUUGCGUGCAGAAUGAUGAGAGUGUGAUGGGUUUGAAUUUUCUUCGAGAUAUGCACAAGGAUGCAGAAGAUGGAGAGACGAAGCCGAAUUCUCGGACGAUGGAAGGCGGUUUACAGGCUUGCGGAAAUUUAGUGGCUUUGUCAGAAGGCAGAUGCUUACAUUGUUAUGUGGUAAAAACUGGAAUUGGGACUUGGCGCUUUGUUCGAUCGUCGCUGUUAUCAAUGUAUUCCAAGGGCGGGAGUGUUGGAGAAGCUUCCCUUGCUUUUAGUGAAUUGCCUGAUAAAGAUCUCAUCUCAUGGACUGCGAUUGUGGGAGUUCAUGCGAAAAAAGGGUGCAUUGCAGAAUGCUUAGGGUUGUUUCGAACAAUGGAGGUUUCAGGAAUUGAUCCUGAUGGAAUCGUUGUCAGCUGUUUGCUCAUGGGUUUUGCAAAUUUCAGGAGUUUUAGUGAAAGCAAGGCCUUUCAUGGGCUGAUUGUGAAGAAGAAUUUCAAAUUAGAUGUUUCGGCUAGUAAUUCUCUGUUGUCAAUGUAUUGUAAGUUUGAAUGCCUGGAUGCUGCCGAGAAGCUCUUCAAUAGAAUUCACCAAAAAGACUCAGAGACUUGGAAUUGUAUGAUUGUCGGAUAUGGGAAGAUGGGGUUGGAAGCCAAAUGCAUUGAAAUGUUUAGAGAGAUGCAGUUUGCGGGUUCAGAAUCUGAUUCAAACAGUUGGAUCACUGUGAUUUCUUCAUGUCCACAGUCAGUAGCCUUAUGUGUAGGUCAGUCCAUCCAUUGUCACAUAAUCAAAUCUGUCAUUGAUGAAGAUGUUUCAGUUAUGAAUUCGCUUGUGGGUAUGUAUGGAAGAUGUGGAAACCUAGAUCUUGCACAGAGGAUAUUCUAUAGGAUGCAUAGAGACACUGUGACAUGGAAUUCUUUGAUCUCAGCUUACACUCACAGCGGGCGUUCUAGUGAAGCUUUAUCACUCUUUAAUCAAAUGCUUUUGGAAGAUGUGGAACCUAACUCGGCGACUUUAGUGAGCGCUCUUUCAGCUUGCUCUAAUCUGGCAGCUCUAAACCAUGGAAAAUGGAUACAUAAUUACGUCAAAGAAACUGGAAUGGAAUUUGAUGUAUCUCUUGCCACCGCAUUAGUUGAUAUGUAUGCAAAAUGUGGCCAGCUUGAAAUAUCGAGGGAGAUCUUUGAUGCCAUGCCCAAAAGAGAUGUCAUCUCAUGGAAUGUGAUGAUCUUUGGAUAUGGAAUUCAUGGAAAUGCCAGAGAUGCUCUGGAGACUUUCCAACAAAUGGAGAACUCGGGCAUGAAACCAAAUGAGGUCACUUUCCUUGCUGUUCUCUCAGCGUGUAGUCAUGCGGGCCUGGUCGUAGAAGGAACAAAAAUGUUUGGUAGAAUGAUAGACUAUUCCAUUACUCCCACAUUGAAGCACUAUGCCUGUAUGGUGGACCUCCUUGGCCGGUCUGGGAAUGUCCACAAAGCCGAAGCUAUGAUUAGCACGAUGCCAAUUGCUCCUGAUGGAGGUGUUUGGGGAGCCUUGCUCAGCGCUUGUAGCAUUCAUGAUGAAGUGGAGAUGGGGGAGCGAAUCGCAAAACGAGCUCUUGAGUUGGACCCAGAAAAUGAUGGGUAUUAUAUACUGAUAUCCAACAUGUAUAGUUCUGUUGGUAGGUGGGAAGAGGCAGAGAGGGUGAGGAGAAUGAUGAAGAGAAGGGGAGUGAGAAAGAGAGCUGGUUGGAGUGCAAUGGAGCUUGGUGAGGAAGUUCAUGUAUUCAUGGUGGGAGAUAGGUCCCAUCCACUAUCUGUAGAAAUGUAUGAAAUGUUGGAAGCUUUGUCCCGGCAAAUGGAGGAAUUGGGUUAUGCUAUUGAAAGCGGUUUUGGGGUCUGCCAUGUUGAAUAGAAAAUGCAAUGCAUUUGGGUGGCCCACUUGAUGAGAUGAAACUGGUAUUUGUUAUGGGAUGUGGGAAAACGCCUUAAAACAUGCAGCGAUUGAAAGUGUUGGGAGGUCAUUGUGCUCUUUCAAAUGGAAGGAUGGGAUGACUUUACAUGCCUGCCCACUGUAUGCUGGACUGGGUGCACCUAUUCCCCGCCUGCCAAAUUUGAAACCUGAUGUUUUGUGCUGGCUAAAUAAGAUUGGAUUGAGUCAGGCCCUAGCUUGCUGGGGCCGAUGCGCCCUUAUACUAGACACGAACAUUGUAUCUGAAAACUCAUAUCACCGGUGGAAAAGCUAGAUGAGAACAGAAACCCUUGGUCGGUGAGGCCUAUGAUGGAGUGUCUAUUGCUUGAAGUGGGACUACUGAGCAGGGAGAAGAACUUGGUACUGUUAGUCGGAAGCUUGAGAACAUAUCACCUUUCAAAGAGCUAGGGUUGGAUGACAUUGAUGAUCCGAAGAUUGGUUUCACAAUUGGCCAAGAUUCGAGCACCCUGUCAGAGGCACCCAUGGAUUUGGCUUACUGUCCAGAAUUGGAACAAGGGCUUGAUCCAUCUGUUCAGUUUGAGUGGGACCCAGUAUUACCAGAGGUGGCUAGUAGGCAUCAGGUCACAACCAAUUGCGUUUGGUGCAGAACAGAGUUCAAACUCGAAGGUUUCAACCCCGAAACACAAUCAGAUUCAGUCGGUUUUACGUGUCCCAGCUGCAAGGCCAAGAUAUCAGGACAGCUCAAAGUAUUGGAUAACGGCUCACCCAUGAAAUCCGACAUGCUCUGACUGUGGACCUGUGGCUUUUUUCUCAUCCAAGCAUAAACAAUUCUUUGGUAAGAGGUGAUAUCGGUUUGCCAAAACUGGAGACAGUCAUGUUGUCCAAUCAAGCCAGUCAGCAGGGUUUGCCACGCACUGCAGCACAAGGAAACGCCAUCAGAAAGACUCAGGACUGUCUCGCGGCUUGUCGUGGAUAUAGGCAUGUGAAUCCCGUGCUGUGCUGGAGCUGGGAAUGCAAUUGGGGAUAGCACUGUGAGUGUGCCAAUGCGAAAAAGAAAAAAGAGAAGUUAUCGUCUCUCGUCCUUUCUAAUUAGUUUUCAGUUGCCUUUAGAAAUUCUGUUUCUGGCUACAGUUUUAUUUUAUUCAAGAGAGCAUGUUGCCUCUCCGUUUGCUG